AGGGAGGAGGAGGUUUGUCUUGCGGCUGGAACUUGAACAAAGUCUCUUGAACUAAAGUUCAGUGGGGCGGUGAAUUACUAUAGAAUCAAACCGACUGUGUGGUUUUUCAAAGUGGAGCCUGAGCUGAGCUGAGCCGGACUGGACCGUCGGCUGCUCUUUGUGUGUCUGUGUUGUGUGUUCCUGUUUCCGCUGAAUGUGAGUCUGAUCUUCCUGAAAACACCUGCGUGCUUCAGGUAACUCCCCGAUGAAGAGGGAAGUGUGAGGAGAGGAAGGUGAGGCCGCUGGUCACCUCCAUGGAUUACCAGUUCGAAGUGUUUGUGUUCACCUGAGGAUCAAAGCCUGGAUGCUACUGUAGUUGGAGGAAGUUAAGAGCAAAUCAAGUUCCACUCAAGACCACGACAACGUUCAGAACUGAAAUCCUUGGAAGGAGUUUUCCUGGCAGCACUGAUCUUCAAAUUGCUGAGCCUCGUCUUUUUUAACUCGGUCACAGUGAGCGCAGAUAUUUUAAUGUAAAAGAGUCGUUUAGUGACAAAAAGCUGAACUAGCAGAAAGUAGAGGAUUUAAAUAUCUGCAGGAGGAGACGGAAACACCUGCUUCAGCCUCACAAGUCUGUCCUUUAGGGAUGUGUUCCAAUCGCAGUCGAUGUGGCGGCAACAACCGUGCCAACCAGUCCGGCUCAGAGGGCACCAGCUCAGGCGCCCACUAUGCCCUGUGCGCCCUGGGAGUCGGACUGAUUGCCCUGGGUAUCGUCAUGAUUGUGUGGACUGUGAUACCCAUGGCUGGAGAGAAAUCGGACGAGCCCUCCAAAACUUCAGUCAACUCCACCACUUUAACUGAGGGCGAGGACGGAGACGAGGAGGAUACUGACCACACAAAGUCUUCGUCCGUGGCUAUGGUGCUGGUCGGGGUGGGAGCAGUCAUGCUGCUGUUGUCCCUUUGCCUCGGUCUGAGGAGCAAGAGGAGAGCACGCAACAGACCGACCCUUCCUGUGGCAGCGGCAGGAACCCUCCUGAACCACGUGGCUGGGGAAGAAGCUGCCGAUCCAGUCACAUUCACCGUGCCGAGCUAUGAGGAGGUCGUUGGCAGUAACGACUACCCCGUCCGUCAGAGUAACCUUCGCAGCAGCACCUCCCAGCUGCCAUCUUACGAGGACAUCAUAGCAGCCGUGGAAAAUGAGGGUCGGGAGUCCACAGACAAUCCCACGGAGGACACGCCUCUUAGUGACUCCACAGCAGCUCCCGUCGAGCCCUGUGCCGAGGGCGCCCAGGCCGAACCUCCUGGCCUGACCUCUAACCCCAGCCUGCCAACCCGUAGCACCAGCCGGGCCAGCCGCUUGCUGCGGCCCCUGCGGGUGAGGAGGAUCAAGUCGGACAAAUUGCACCUGAAGCACUUCCGCAUCCAGAUCCGUACCCCCACACAGAACCCGGUAACAAUUGAACCCAUCACUCCGCCACCGCAGUAUAAUAAUGAGAUGCCUGAAUUACAGUAGGAGCUCUUCCCUCAUUUCUCCCACACUGUCUGUUCCUGAUGAAUCCCAAAAAGCUCAGGAUUAAAAGGACUAAUGAUACAUUUUGAAAGCCCAUUUCCUAGGUUGGUAUUAAACAGGUUAACACUGGCUGCGAGCGGUGGGACGCAGGCCGUGCAGACACUUUCCUGAGAUGAGAAUAUUUCAAACUUAAUCUCUUCUUCUUUAUCUGUGAAGUUUGUGAUUGGCAUAUUUAUUCUGUUAUAAUGCAUCGGUUUGAAAUGGCCCACUUUCACAUUCGAGAUUAUUUUAAACAUGUCAAACAUAGGGCAGCCUCUCAGUUUUAUUUAAUAUCCAGUCUUUUUUCACCUCACCUGGAUUUAUUAUUGUUGCAUUGUGAGUUUGAUUAGUUUUGAACUGUGGAAAAGUUGAAGCCAUGGCUUGCAUUUCAGAAAGGGGUAAAAGGGAAACUUAAUAAUUUGCAGUGGUAUUAAAGUAUCAUCAGUGUCAGAUGCACCACUUGUUUGUGAUUUGUAACCGAAGAAAAUGCACUGAGGCCAAACACUUUGUGCGAAACUUAUCUUUAUAAAUGUUUGUGGUUGUUUGUUUAAACUGUCUUGUUUAAAAGGAACUUGUUCAAAUAACCUUUUUUGAUGCAGAUAUUAUGAGAAGAAAAAUAUUAUAUGGAACAGUAAAACCAGAAGGAAACUACUGAUUAUUUUAGUACGGGAUGUGGUAUUAAAUGUGCGUUGCUUUGAGAUUUUAAUAGUUUAAAUGUUGAAAUCCCUUUUGAAUAAGUGUUUUUCUCUUUCCUCCAGGAUCAUGUCAAGCUUUUAUGUUUUUGUUGCAAAAUGUCAAUGUAAAUAACUUAAAUUGUAAUUAUUCAUUAGACCAUCGUUCAUCAAUGCAUGACCGGUCACAACAAAUAGCUCUAUUAAAUACAGAUUAAAUCACCAUCACUGCCAUUCAACCACACAAAUAAAUUAUUGCUGCAUUUUCGGAUGAUUUAUUUUUUAUUUGCCUGCUGUAGAUUCAAGAGAGCGGCUUAUUUUUGAGAGAGAGAGAUGUUGUCUUUAUACUUUCAGUUAAUAAAAUCUAACUGUAGAUUC